UAGUAAAACCCUCUUGGAUCUUCCACCAACACACCAGCACUCACAGUAAUGGCGAAGAUCGAUCGAACAGUGGUGUUUAAUUCAUUAUUGUUGAAUUUAUUGUUAUGUUCUUCGUGGAUUCAAAUAUCGUAUUCUUCAAAGCCAGUUGGAGUUGCUCGGAAAGAUGACAUACCUUUCAUCAAAUGUCAAGUAUGCGAGAAGCUUGCGAAGGAAUUAUACGAACAAGUUCGAGACAAACAAGCUAAGAUUUCUCCCAAGAAGAUCUCAGAGUAUGAUAUUAUUGAAAUUUCCGAGAAUGUAUGCAAUCUGAAGAAACAAGAAGCUGAUUGGAUGCUCAAAAUUGAUAUUGUCGAACAAGGGGAUAGAUUGGAGCUGGUUGAACAAGAUUCUGAAGGUCAAUGUGGUUCAGAAUGCAAGACCAUUGAACGAGCUUGUCAAGAAGUCAUAGGAUACUACGACACAGAUGUUGCAGAGUAUAUUUACAAAAAGAAACCUCAAAUAAAUUCAUUGGUGAAAUACCUAUGCAAAGAUCUCACUGAAGCAUGUAGUAAAAAGCCACCACCAGUUCCUAAGGGUAGGGAACCAGGGGAGAUAUUUGUGGCUAAAUCAGCAAAAGAGGCUGAAAUGGAAAAAAUGUUGAAAUCAAUGGAGGGUAUGCCAGGGGCACCUGGAAUGAAAAUGUAUUCAAGGGAAGAAUUGAUGAGUGGAAAAAACUUUGAUGAUGAAGAUGCAGAUGAUGAUGAUGAUGAUGAUGAUGAUGAGUCACCAAUUCGUUCCAAUUUGGGGAAGAUUUUAAGGGAGAAGGAAAAUAACAAGAAAAAAAUGGAUUGGAAGGAAAAGAUAAGAAAAGGCAUUAUAGAUGCCAGUGAAGCAACAAAGCAUCAUGCAACUAAAAUUGCGUUUAGGAUGCAGAAAUGGUGGAAAGCAAAGAAGGCAAGUUUCACACACCAAAACACAAAAUCUAACAAAGUUGAACUUUAAAUGUAUGCCUUCUCUUUUCAACAUCAUUUUGUAGUCAACUUUCUUUUUGUGAGUUGAGUUGUAUAAUUUUUGUUUUUUUUAGGGAAAAAUUCAUAGGUUAUGUUAUCAA